GGGAAAGAGAUAACGACRGCGACUUGCAGGCUUACAAACAUGGACUCUAACACUCUAAAAUCUUUAUUCCAUCGAUAUAGCUUCUGUAAACUCCAACUACAAGUUUAAUCCAAAGCUAGGAAGGAACUUACGGAGUUUAAUGGUUCUUUGUGGUGUAAAAACGUGCGAGGAUUUCUCAACCAAGAGCGCCUUCGAACUAGUGGUCUUACAUCGACCUAACURUUAGUAUGGCAUGGACAGARAGCUACACAUGGGCCAAAGAAGCACUACAAGAUAUCGACGAGGGCCGUGCAAUGGGAAAUCGUCKARCACUUCGAUUACGCGCACGAAUUCAAAGUGUGCUGUUUAAAUGGGGAUGUUUUUCACAGCGACAYUGYGGAAAAGUGGUCUUGAUCAGCCUUUUGGUUUCAUUUGCGCUUUGCUAUGGGCUAUCUUUUGCCAGACUUGAAACAAACGCCGAAAAACUUUGGGUAGAAGUUGGUGGUCGUUUAGCUGAUGAAAUUAGAUAUUCUGAAUCCAUGCUCGGUAAAGAAUUUACGAAUACACAAGAGGUCAUUAUUCAAACUCCAAACUUCAGAGGAACAAACAUCCUAACAGUCGACGCUAUGCUUCUACAUGUUAAGGCUCUCAAGAAAGCCGCUAUGGUAAAAGUCAAGGUCGAAGACAGGGAAUGGUCGCUCAAAGACCUCUGUUACAAGCCAAACCUGCCCGCGUUUGAUGACAAACUUCUACAAAAAGUUAUGGGGCAUCUAAUUCCUUGCACCUUCAUAACACCAAUGGAUUGCUUCUGGGAGGGCGCAAAGAUCCACGGUCCAGAAAUUGACGUUUCUUUGCCGCACGAUCCCACCAAUGAAUAUCUAAAAUGGACGACUCUAAAUCCUAUUGGUCUACUGAAUGAAAUCCAGAAAAACUUCUACUUGUAUCCCUGGGAAAUGGAGAAGAUCCGUUUGAUAUUCGACGAAGCAGGAAUAACUACUGGUUACUUAGAGAAGCCAUGUUUAAAUCCAAAAGAUCCGCUUUGUCCUUUACUGGCGCCGAAUUUUUACUCUAAGGAGGCUCCAGACGUCGGCGCGGUCCUUACAGGAGGGUGCAAUGGCUUUGCAUCCAAAUACAUGGAGUGGCCAGAAGAACUUAUUGUUGGCGGAGUAACAAAAAAUCGUUCUGGUACAAUUAGAAGUGCGGCUGCCCUUCAAAGCGCCGUGAUAUUAAUGGGUGCGAAGAACCUGUUGGAGUAUUACCAGGAUGAGGAUUGGGCCAGGGAAGAAUACAUUUCCUGGAAUAUCACGACCACAAGGAAUAUCCUAGCGGCUUGGCAAAACGAAUUUACCAAGGUGAUGAAAGAAAUCACAGAUCCCCAAAAGGACGAGUUUAACAUUUUGGCGUUUGCUUCCGCAUCAUUCAACGAACUUUUGAGAGAUUUUUCGAAAACAAGUACUUUUCGCCUUGCCAUGGGUUACGUAUUGAUGUUAAUUUACUCGGGGUUGACUUUGAAGAGGUGGAAUGACGCCGUGAAAUCCCAUGGUGCUUUGGGGGUGGCGGGUGUUCUAGUGGUUACCAUGGCAGUGGCAUCGGGGCUUGGCUUCUGUGGGUAUCUUAAAAUUGCUUUCAAUGCAGCCUCGACACAGGUUUUACCGUUYCUUGCCCUCGGCCUUGGGGUGGAUGAUAUGUUCUUGUUGGCACACACCUACGCAUCCAUAUCCGACCGAGGGGAAGUUCAUCCAUCGGACCAGGUGGGGUUCGCCCUUGGUAUAACUGGUGUUAGUAUAUCUUUAACGUCUUUCAACAACAUGUUUGCCUUUUUAAUGGCUGCAAUCAUCCCGAUUCCUGCACUCAGGGCCUUCUCCUAUCAGGCUGCUGCCAUUGUGGUGUUCAACUAUUUCGCUGUUAUUAUCCUAUAUCCUGCUAUGUUGGCCAUUGAUGUUAAGAGGAAACACGAUCAGCGCUACGAUUUGUGCUGUUGUUUUCAAAGGAGCGGACCGCAAAGAAUCCUAAUCACUCCUAACUCUACUACCGACAGCGAUUUAGUUUUACGUCGAUACAAUAACUCGAGUAGCUCUUUGUCUUCUACGUCAUCCGCUGGAGUCCACGCAGGCGCAGUGGUAUUACCAGGAAGCAUGCAAGCCACUGCCAGUGGUACUGUCUCYCUUCCUGGAACUGUCACYCUUAAGGCUUCAGCUGUUGCGGAGCUCAGUAAUGGUGCUAUGUUGCCGUUGUCAGUCAGCGGUCUUGCUGCUAUGGACGACUUUGUUGCCAUGAAUACUUUGAAUACGUCCGAUGGACGACAGCGUGCCACGCGUUUAGACAGAAAUCGUAACCAAUCAAAUGAUACAGAUAAUGUUCCAAGGACAAUUAACACUGGRAGAAGGCAUGCUACCAGAUUUAAUAACAGAACGUUUGAGCACAAUGUCCAACCAACACCUUUCAUGGAAAACCGUUACUCAUCGCAUUCCAGGAACUCUAGAACUUCGUGUAAUGUUGAAGUCACUUCGACUUCCAAAUGGAAAACAAUAAAAGAAAAGAUCAAGCACUUUUCAUUAACAAACUUUGCGAAAUAUUACUAUGGGCCUUGGCUACAGAUGUUUCCUGCAAAGAUAUUUGUCCUUUUCGUCUUCGCUGCCUUAUUUGGUGUGAGUAUCUAUGGCUGUAUGAAAGUCAGUGAUGGUCUUGAUUUGAGAGACGUCGURCCCCGAAACAGCACAGAGCAUAAGUUCGUCACAGCACAGAUGAAGUACUUCUCAAUAUAUCCAAUGUAUCUUGUAACGAUGAAAGAUUUCGACUAUCCGAAUAAACAGAAAUUAUUAUACAAAUACCAUGAAGCGUUUAAAAGUGUCGCCAACGUCAUCAAAUCUCCCGAGAUGCAUCUCAGACCGUUUUGGCUGAUGUACUUCAGAAACUGGCUUAAAGAUAUCCAGAGAGCAUUUGAUAGAGACUGGAAGCGUGGUACCAUUGACUACAGUGGAUGGAAAGAGAACGCCAGUGAYAGCGGUAUCCUAGGAUACAAGAUGUUAGCUCAGACUGGGGACGAGGAUAAUUCAAUCAACCGAUCUCAAGUCCGUUCUGUACAGCUUGUGAAUGACGAAGGGAUUAUUAACCCUAAAGCGUUUUAUAACUACUUGACUGUGUGGUAUAAUGUUGACCCAAUGGGGUUCACAUCGGCGCAGGGAAACAUCAGACCCUCACCAGGUAACUGGGUGAACUCAMGAGAUCCCAAGGAAUACCAUAACGUUCGAAUUCAAGCCGCCAAACCCAUCAAGUUUGCGCAGAUUAUGCUUUACUUAGUCAACAUGAAGGACACAGACACGCAUGUCAAAGUUAUAAAGGAAGUGCGAGAWAUCUGUGAAGAAUUCAAGUCAAGAGGACUUCCAUCUUAUCCCAGUGGAAUUCCUUUCACAUUCUGGGAGCAAUACAUUUGGUUGCGACACUAUCUUCUUGUAGCAAUAGCCGUUAUUUUGUCUGUUAGUUUUGUUGUGAUGRUUUUCGUCUUGUGCAGCGUCUGGGUUGCCAUCAUCAUCGUCGCUAUAUUGACAAUGAUCACCGUCCAAGUAUUUGGUUUCAUGGGUUUAGCGGGAAUCAAACUAAGUGCAGUACCUGCUGUAACUCUAAUCUUAUCUGUUGGUGUUGGUGUCGAGUUCACAGUUCAUAUGUGYUUGGCUUUUCAAACUGCGAUUGGUGACCGAAACAGCCGCAUGCAGAAGGCAGUAGAGCAAGUUUUUUCACCGAUAACUGACGGAGCUAUUUCAACCUUACUGGGUGUCAUAAUGCUUGCUGGAUCAGAAUUUGACUUUAUUAUAAGAUAUUUUUUCCAUCUUCUCUGUGCGUUAAUGGUCAUUGGUUUUAUGAAUGGAUUAAUAUUUCUUCCUGUGUUGUUAUCAUUGGCUGGGCCGUCACCCGAGGUGGAGGAGAAUCGACCGCCAGGUACAGCWUCCUCKGCRGGKUCUCAACGCGAGUUACUACCYGUAUCWUCAUGCCGCCGAGGAACACCUCCUACAGAUUCCCAACUAUGCAUCCUAGACACCUCAUCUCACGAWAGYAAAGCCGAAGACCGUACGGAAAGCAGCCGAAAACACCGGAGAAAAAGAACUGACCAUAGUCAUCAUAACCGAAGAGUACAUGCUGCAAAUACACCUUCAAGGGUGCAAUAUGAUCUAGAAUCGACGAGUUCGGUUGUUGCACGAGUUACUGCUACUGCGACUGUUACAGUCSAAGUGAAAACUGAACAGGUUCCUAACGAAAGAACUGUGAAUGAGAGUAAUGGGAACARUAGGACGACGGACGGGGGAGUAACUAUCGUUGACUUGGAAGGCCAUGACGAAGUGAAAUAGGUCAAAGGAUAUGAAAAAGCUGCACGAAGAUACUGAACGAAAAGAUACAGAAUACUUSACCGGCGAAAACCAUUACAUCAAGAUGGUGGUAACGCCCUUCAUAAGAUGAUAAUUUAAAACAUACUUCAGACUCAAAAAGGGGUACAACCGCCAUGAAUACAUAAUUGGAUUGGUAGUCAUCAGUGUUUCAUCAYAUACGAUGUGGGAUUGCAUGUCUUAAACAAGGUUACAGAUGGUCAAAUAUGUUUUUAGAGCUGAAAGAAGCUCCUUCAACUCGAUACAGUUGCUAGAAAUAUGAACAUGGCGAUGUAUCCGAUUUCUGUAAUAUAUACAAGCGUACAUUCUUGUUGGGUAUUUUGUGCAUAUUCUCGAGGUGUUGAAGCAGYAAUUGAAGAGACGUGUUGAAAACUUAGUAAUAUUGAGGAAUAUUUUCACUUGAUGCAAAUGUUUUAUGCUGGACUAAAGUUUUCAAAUUGGAAGAGAUCACGUUAACAAUGCAAAGAAUCAUCAAUCGUGUGUCCAGUAAUCCAAUUUCUACAAGAGACUGACUAAAAGCUAUUCAGUGGUUAUUCUUAGCUCUCAGGUCAAAGGUGCUGAAAUGGUUUAUGGACUGAAAGAAGACAAAAUGGAUACUGAAUAGUACAACUAUAACAAAAUAGUUCAAGUUUACAAGAAUAUYCUAUUUGCACGUAGUCAAUGUUAAGACGAUUUUUGCGGACGAAUGGCAAGGCAUACGGACGCUUCAAUUCUGGUAUAUUGUAUAUAUUCAAAGCGCUGUCUUGCUAUCGACGCAACGUGUAUAAAUGGCUUCUCUUAAUCACCAGCACCUUUCAACAUCGACACUUGUCUGUAUCAGAGCAACUUGAGAACAUCACGCAUGAUGAGUACAUUUAACAAUAGUCAAAGGAAGAUAAUCCGACAUUACAGAGAACUAUGUUAACAGAUAUCCAGCGCUGCUUUCAAUUUGCUUCGCAGGUAUUAUGACCGAGAAAUCAUCUCUGAAACUUUACAUAUACAAUGAUUCAAUUUCAGUAUAAUUUAUUUAUUCAAUCUGUAAAUAAUAUAUCACGUGAUCACUUAUAGUCCAAAUCCAGUCAAGAUGUAUACAGAAAUUAAUUGGGUUGAUUUCGUUCGUCGAAUUUUUUUACGUGUCGAGUUUACUUCAAGCUCCGCGCACGUUAGUUUGGACACUGAAAAAAUACGACGUCUGAAACAKACCUAACUUAGAAAAACAACUUGGGGAUGGAAGCGGUCAUUCAAACAUUGCUUACGAUUUUAUUGAAAUUUAUUAGUUUUCUGAUUCAUGAAUUAUUUCUGAUUCCCGUGGCUUCUCAGGGUAAAAUGAUUCUUUUCCAAUGUACACAAAUUGAAAAUCCGCUUCCUUCCCCGACAAUAUCCGCACAAAUAGUAAUGGAGUUAAGUGCUCAAGAUUAUAUCUACCAAAACAUGUACAAUAAGUAGAAAUAUCGGUACAGAGCCGUGAUAGAUAAUCGCUKGUCACRAUGUAAGGUAUCCAUUUUAAGUAUAACGAGUUCAUAGUUCACGAGGGAAGAAUCCGUUGUUAACAAGAUUAGRUGUGCUACACACACUUCACUCUUUAGCAUGCAGWARAAUAUUGAUGAAGAUCGUACACUACUCGGGAUGAGCUCGGGAGCUGUUCGGUUCAAGUUCGUGUGUUGUACGGUGCACAUUGAUGCAAACAUACCUCAAACAGACUGAGUUCAUAUGAAGCGUAAAGAACCCAUUAGAAUAUAAUAUAUCAGAGUGGAGUAAAAAGACCCAGUGAAAUUAUAUUCACUACUUCGAUUUUUCUGUUUUAUAACUAUGCUUUGACUUACACACCUAUCAGGACUAUGAUAUUUCGUUUCACGGACUAUGAUAUUUCGUUUCACGGGUUUUAUGUCUUCACACUGACCUUGGGAUGUUCUAGAAUCUAGUUUACAUAUCAAUUGCGUGCUAYUGAACUAAGCAUACAAGUGGUCUGUUGAUCACGGGAGAGAAYGUCUCGUGGUUAAAACCCUUGAAAUCGCAAUUGAAGUGAUCUCGGAGCGACCCCCAUUGAACACUUCGUACGUAAACCUCCUUUCCUUAUAUGGAAUAGCGAYGCAAAGCUUGACGGGAAAUCGACUUGCUUUGACUUCUAGUGCCUCUAGACCCCUGGCAUGGGAAUGUAGUUCCAUCGAGGUGCGAAAACAAUGGACUUUUUGUCCCUCGGAUGGAACUGCKUUGACUUCACAUGUAAGGGGUCUACUCAGCAAUUGAGCGUCGGGCAAACAGUAUAGAAUAACAUUAGUAUCUUAGUYAUAUACAUUAUUUAUUACAGCGGUCAGCGGUAUCAAUACAUAUAUCCCGGAUGAAAACUUAGAAACGGCUCUUUAUCGAUUACCAUAGCAACAGACCAUAUUUAAUAAAAUGUUGAUGUUGAAA